CAGUGCGUAAAGACGCGCGCCUGACGCACAGAUCCAGUAUUCAGCAAACGAAAAGAGGUGGGACCUCCGACCUCCGGAUUUAUAGCAGCAAUCGGGUUUCCGAUGAGGUAUAUCCCGCCGGCGGGGCUGAGGGGGAUCGUUUGAAACAUACCGUGGACGUCGGUUCUUCAAGCGUCGGACAGGAGCGCGAGCAGAGCAGCUGUCAUGGAUUUUAAUGAAGCCAAGAACCAUGAACUGGUGUUACACAAAGGCUUCAAUCUGAUCAAAGGGAUCCAUGAUCCGGAUGAUGUGGACCAGAUUUACAACCUGGAGAUCAGAGAUUCUGAUGUGUUUGUCCUUACAUACCCGAAAUCAGGGACCAUCUGGAUGCAGCAGAUUCUGCUGCUCCUCGAGGCAAAGGGAGAUGUGACAGCCAUCAGUAAACUCAACAACUACUCCAACGCUGAUCUCAUCCCCUGGAUUGAGGUGAGGGGCAACAGACAGGCGUUCAUCACGGCCCCGUCGCCCAGACUGAGGGUCACCCAUCUGCCGUACAAGUUCAUGCCUCCCGCUCUGAGCCAGAAGAAGGGCAAGGUGAUCUACGUGGCAAGAAAUCCCAAAGAUGUCCUCGUGUCUUACUUCCACUUCCAUAAGCUUGCGAACAUGUUGGAAACUCCGAAGGAUUUCAAUGACUUCUUUGAGAAAUUCAUGAGAGGAGACGUGUUUGGGUGCAGCUGGUUUGAUCAUAUUAAGACCUGGUUCUCACACAAGGAUGAAAUGAACAUGCUGUUCAUCACUUAUGAAGAAAUGAUUCAAGAUCUGCUGGCAGCAGUGGAGAGGAUCUCCUUGUUCCUGGGCAAAGAGCUGACUGACAAGCAGCUGGCUGAUGUGGUUAAACACAGCACCUUCAGCAACAUGAAGAAGAUCCCUCAGGCCAACUACGAGCAGGUGUCAGGCGACCUGCUCAACCACCACCAGGGAAGAUUCAUGAGGAAAGGCACCAUCGGUGACUGGAAGAAUCACUUCACUGUGGCCCAGAAUGAGAGGUUUGACAAGGUCUUCUACAAAGAGAUGAAGGACUUUCCUCUGUCGUUUUACUGGGGCAUCAGGGACAUUGAGUGAUAAGUUGUUGGCUCUCAUGACAGCAUGAAGAAGAAGAUAGUUACAGCCUCAAACUUCAUGACUUCUGUGCUAUACAGAAAAGCUCAUCUAUCACUCUCUCCUUCUGCCAUACGAGUGUCUUUGUAUAUCUUAGCCUGUGAGGCUACGUUUCACUUUACUGCUGAGUGUUUCCAUCGGUUUCCAUUCAUUUUAGUUCACUUUAGAAACCUAUGCAAAUCUGUCUUGGGGUCAGAAUAUGAAUGAACUGUCUUAUGGUCUGUUGUGAUCUCAGUGUAUCAAGCCUUGUUUUGUAGUCAUGACAACCAACAACCAUCCAACCGUGACCCCGCUGUUAAUAUCGAUGUGCUGAGAAUGAGUCAGGUAAUCCAUUAUCCUAAAAACAAGCUUCCUGUUCACCUGAUCUGACCUGUAGUGUGUGAGUUCAAACAUGGUAUAUUCUAUGGAAUGACUUCCAUGGCUGCUAAAUAUAUACUAUAGUGUGAGUCUGUAUUGAUGGUCACAUAACAGUGAAAACAUACAUACUCACUGUUUGUGUUUCCAUAGAGAUGUGAGCUACACUGCAGAGGACUACUUUGAUGACCUGGACUCUAAGUCCAAACUCAAGUCAGGAAUCUGAUGACUUGACAAAAUCUAAAAAGACCAGCAACUAGACUUUAACACCAGUGACUUGUGGCUUUACUUGGACUUCAGCCACGUGACUUGGAAUGAUCUGAUAUCCUCCGUACGCCAAAGAACUCAGAGUGAUGUUGUAACAGCUCUUUGUUUCCCUGAUGGCAGAUGUAGUUUGAAUGAGCUCAGCUUUAGCUAAUCAUGUUGCAGAGCAGGAGGUAAAGUUUAUCAGAGCAGAGCUGCAGACAGAUGAUACCUCAGAUUAUCACAUUCACAUGUAAAGAGCCUGAGUGAUCAACUAAAAGAGACUGCAACGUGAAAACCAUUCAGUCACACAGAAAUCACACACACACACACACAUAUAUAUACACACGGUCAGGUUGAUUUUAAACGCAGAUAGUCACUGACUUCAGACCUCACAGCUACGGCUGAAACUUGGGAUUUGCAGGACAAUGACUUUGUCCACCUCUGCAACUGACAACCUGUUUUAACUCUGAGGAGCUGUUCAUUAACACUGUAUAUUCAUGUAGAUUGAAAUCCAGCUAUAUUUUCAUGUAGAGUACAUUAAAGUGUACGAAUCCAUCUGGAACAUGUUGUGGUGUAACAGUAUAAUAUGGCACUGAUUACGUCUUAGUAAAAACAGGGUUUUUCCAGGAACUGAUCUCCGCAUGUGAAGAGCGUUAUGAUGAAAGCUGGCUAUGGAAGGACAAAACUGUCAAGCACUUGAUGUUUGACUCUUGGUCAGAUUCUUUCUUAUGUUCACAGAUGUAAAUGAUACAUUUUUAAUACUAUACUGUGCUUUAUUCAGUACAUGACUGUUUUGAAAGAAUAAACACUGAUGCUUUGAGAA